UUUUCGAUGGGUCGCGGCGAGCACAAAGAGCACAAACGAAAGCGUUCCCGUUCAAAGGAACGAAAAAGAAGCCGGAGCCGCUCGCCACGUGGCAGUCGUGAGCACCGGGAACAUCGAGACAGAGAUCGGGAUCGGGAGAGACGCAGAGAACGAGACACUGAUCGGGAGAAGACGAGAGAUCGUGAAAAGCAGAGAGAUGCAGAGAAAAAGAAGGAAAAAGAGAGUAAAACGGCGAUUUUUGAAAUGGAAGAGUCACGGAAUGACACCGAAGAAGUUAUGAAAAUGAAAGAAGCCGAAUUACUACAGGGAGUCGAGCGUAGGCGUCGUAAUGUGGAGAAGUGGAGAGCCCAAAAGAAGAAGGAAGAGCUUGAUCUACAAUCUGAGCAAUCUGAUGAAAAAUCUGAGAAAAAGCCCUGGAAUCUGGAGGAUGAGGAUGAUGAAGACGAAUUUGAUAUCAAAAAUGAGGGAAUUUCAGAGGAAAACCCGGUGAAAAUGGAAGAAAAAGUCGAAAAAAUGGAUACAGACGACGAAGAGGACCCUCUGGACGCUUUUAUGAAAGAAAUUGCCACUAAAAACGCCAAAAAAACCGGAAACUCCACGCAAAAAGCGUCUGGAAUUGUGACAAUUGUGCAGGAGGAGAAGCCGGAGCCCGAAAAGGGACAAGUGCUGGAAAAUGAGGAUAAUAUGGAUAUGGUUAUUGAUGAUUUUGAUAUUGAGACGGCUGCAGCAUCAUUAUGUCAUAAAGGACGAAUGUUGGCACAAACUGACCAUUCUAAGGUCUAUUAUCGGAAAUUCAAGAAGAAUUUCUAUAUUGAGACCGAGGAGAUCCGACGAAUGACAAAAGCCGAAGUAAAAGCCUACCGAGAGGAGCUUGACAGUAUAACAGUAAAAGGAAUCGAUUGCCCGAAACCAAUUAAAACAUGGGCUCAAUGUGGAGUUAAUCUGAAAAUGAUGAAUGUGCUCAAGAAAUUCGAAUACUCAAAACCAACAUCAAUCCAAGCACAGGCUAUUCCAUCAAUUAUGAGUGGACGAGAUGUAAUUGGAAUUGCAAAAACUGGAAGUGGAAAAACGUUGGCUUUUCUUCUACCAAUGUUCAGACAUAUUUUGGAUCAACCGGAACUUGAAGAGGGCGACGGGCCUAUUGCAGUGAUUUUGGCUCCGACUAGAGAGUUGGCUAUGCAAACUUAUAAGGAAGCUAAUAAGUUCGCAAAACCACUGGGUUUGAAGGUAGCGUGCACCUACGGAGGAGUUGGAAUUUCCGAGCAAAUUGCAGAUUUGAAGCGUGGAGCCGAGAUCGUCGUGUGCACACCGGGACGAAUGAUUGACGUACUGGCGGCGAAUAGUGGAAAAGUCACAAAUUUACGAAGAGUGACGUAUUUGGUGUUGGAUGAAGCCGAUCGAAUGUUUGAUAAGGGCUUUGAGCCGCAGAUCAUGAAAGUGGUGAACAAUAUCCGUCCCGACAAGCAGACUGUACUCUUCUCUGCCACGUUUCCCCGACACAUGGAGGCUCUGGCACGAAAAGUUCUGGAUAAACCUGUUGAGAUUUUGGUCGGUGGAAAAUCUGUCGUAUGUAGUGACAUCACUCAGAAUGCAGUAAUUUGUGCAGAGCAUCAGAAGUUUUUGAAAUUGCUGGAACUGUUGGGAAUGUACUACGAGGAGGGAAGCUCGAUUGUAUUUGUAGAUAAACAGGAAAAAGCUGAUGAUAUUGUAGAUCAACUCAUGAGAACUGGAUAUAAUUCAGUUGCUCCAUUACAUGGAGGAAUUGAUCAACAUGAUCGAGAUUCAUCGAUUGCUGACUUUAAAACUGGUGUUAUUAAGGUUUUGGUAGCAACAUCAGUUGCAGCUCGAGGUCUUGACGUGAAAAAUCUGAUUCUCGUUGUCAAUUACGACUGUCCAAAUCACUAUGAAGACUAUGUACAUCGAGUUGGAAGAACUGGACGGGCGGGACGAAAGGGUUAUGCAUACACUUUUGUACUUCCUGAACACCAAGAAAAGAUGGCCGGAGAGAUUUGCCGGGCUUUUGAGACAGCUGGAUGUAAGCCGCCGGCUGAUUUGAAGGCAAUGUUCGAACGGUUCAAAAGUGAGAUGGCUGCAGAGGGAAAAGAAGUUAAAUUGGGUGGAAAAGGUUUCGAAGGAUCCGGUUAUAAGUAUGAUGAGGGUGAAGCUGAAGCUGAUGCCAAUAAGAAGAGGAUGACCAGAUUGGUUCACGGAAUGGAAGCCGGCGGAGACGAUGACGAUGACCUUGAGGAGCAACUGAGCAGUAUGAUCAAGACGAAACGACGUGUAGUCCAUGGAAAACCGCAAUCCGAGAAGCCCAGCAGCUCAUCAGGAAACGCGAAAAACGACAGAGAAGCCGGAAAACGUGCAGAUCAGGCGAAGCUGAAGGCCGAGGAGUUGAGUACUCGGCUUAAAGGAGCAUCACAAGUUGUUCAACCUGUGGAGAAGACGGCUGCUCAGUUGACUGCAGAGGCAGUGCUCCGUGGAGCAGAAGUUGCUCCGGCUCAAAUGAGUGCUGCGAUGCUUGCAAAGGAGAAAGCGAAUCGGCUCAACGAGAAGCUCAAUUAUUUGGGAGGAGAAGCAGCUCCAACUCAACAGCAAGAAGAAGCGUGGGAAUAUUUCGAAGAGGAAUGGGAUAUCAAUGAUUUCCCGCAACAAGUUCGUUACAAAAUUUGCUCCCGAGAGUCAGUGGGCCACGUGGCAGAGCUCGCCGAAGUCGGAAUUUCAGUCCGUGGAGUUCACGUACCGCCCGGAAAAGAGCCCAAAAACGGAGAGCGCCGACUUCAUUUGUUGCUCGAAGCGAGAAGUGAACGAAAUUUGAAGGCGGCAAAAGAGGAGAUCAUACGAAUUAUGAAGGAGGCUUUCAGGCAAUUGACCGCUCAACUUCAACGCGGAGGAACUCAGGCGAGAUACAAGGUGUAAAGAAUUGAGGAAAUCCACGUGGAAUCUACUAUCUAUGUGCAUUAAUUUAUUUUUUGAUUUUUUUGUUUUCUCAAUUUAACGUUUUUUAACAAGAUUGUUCUCAUGAAAAUUUCAGAACUUCAGAAAAAUUUUCAUUUUUUUUUGUACUUUUUGUUGAAAAAAAGCGAUAGAUUUGAUG